AUGGCAUUUUUUCCGAAGAUAGGACCUUUUUAUGAUCCCGAUAAAGAACAGGAAAUCUAUACGGAUUCGGAGGGGAGGUUAAAAGCGCGAUUACAUGCUGGAAAUUCAGAAAACAACAACUUCGAAAGACCAAUUUUAAACUGUCAAAAAAACUUUUUGAAGCCACAGUCACUGGCCAGGGGCGAUGAUUUCCGCGGUUGCGAUUCUCAAUUUGGCAGCAGUCAUUUUCACAGUGUUUCUAGAGAAAAUCAUCACAUUUCUGAUCGGCACAGCCAAAACAAAGGUUACCAUGUCAAUUCUCCACAAAAUGGUCACCAAAAUCAACCAAGACAAUCACAGAAUUUAAGUUUUGAUGCUGAGGAUUUCUCCAGUCAAGUUCCAAGAUUGUCGGAACCAAUGUUUUCUAUUGGAGACAUGAAUGUGAGAGAUAACUCUGACUUUUUGCUUGAUAUUGAUGAUCCACUUUCUGCCCAUUUUAACAAUUCUGUUGGAAAUCAGUUUGAAAACAAUUUUUAUGAUCAUAAUACUAAUGCAGUUUUUAAUUCACGAUUUCGUGGAAGUGAUCAUUCGAGUUGUUCUUUUGGUUCUGAGAAGAAUCAAAGUUUUCAGACUUCAGAGAAAAAGCGGGAGAGAAAUAAGGAUGUGUAUUUGACGCCGCGAGUUGUUGAUGCUAAAAGACUGGAAACAUCCGGAAUUGCGUUAUGUGAACAGUUAUUUGGUAUAGUUUUAUUACAAUAUAACCAGAAACCUGGUACCAACAACACUGUCAGACGCAGUCCAGCUUUACGAGAACGGAAGGUCAUAGUUCAGGAUGUUAUACAAGGUUCCCCGGCAGACUUUACAAACAAUAUUCAUCGGGGUGAUAUGUUGAUAUCUGUUAAUAAUAUUCAAGCCUCCUGGAUGAAUCUAGGUUCUAUUUUUAGAGCUCUCAGUCAGCAUAUGGAGACCAAAUUAACAUUAAAGUCACCAUUGAUAAUUGGAACACCCCCUCAUCCAAGUAAAGGCAGUACUAAUCUUUAUAGGAGACUGACUAACACCUCUGUCAAACAAGGGGAGAAGACUCUAUCAGACUGUAUUUAUGGUGUAUUAUAUUUAACACUGGAUGAUGUUUCUGGGGACCAGAGUGGGGAUGGUACAGGAGAUAUAUUGUACCAGUACCCUAGUAAUAUAGCAACUAUUCUACAGACUGUACGAGGCGUGUUUUUAACUCUAGCUCAUUCUUUAGUAGAUAUUACUGGUCAAACUGCCAAAAGCUCUAGUAUGUUAGUAAAUGGUAUAUUAGUCAAUAUAAGUUAUAUAGUCAAUGAUAGAGAUGUGUUUUUACUUGUUUUACCUGCAAAUAGGGUAUGUUUGAAUGAUGUAAAUAGUUUAUGUAGAGAAAUAAGUCAGUUAUUAAAUAUUUUAUACUGUGAUAUGACAAGUGCUUUUAAACAUGCUAACUUUCAUAAGUUAGAUCAGAUGUUGGCCUUAGCCUUUAGAAGAGUUUUGACCUCUGAAGGGUCAGGGGUCAUAUCUAGAUUUUUUGAAAGUGAGGCUGGACUUCGGAAGCUAUGGCUAUCAGAUGAAAACAGGGUAAUUUGUGAUGAGAUUUUAAGUGAGUUUGAGGCGUUUGAUUUCGAUGAAUUCUUGCCAGAUGAUGUUUUAGAAAAACGAAGACAAUACACCUCUCUUGGUUCAGUUCUAUUCUAUAAGAAUUGGUUGUUAACGAGCCAUGUGUCUCAAUCAAUCCAGUCUGAUAUUAAUCUAUACCUGAAACUCCAUUCUCUAUAUCUUAUCAUGGCUACUAAAAGUCUGGAUAAUCUAGUCAUCUGGGAGGAAAUCUUCCCAUCAUGCUACAGCAGUCAGUGUAUUACCUCACUUCCUGGUUACCAAGAACCUAGUGCUAGAAGAUUUUUACUCAUUGUAGGGCUGAAUAAUUAUUUAUUAUGUACUGUGUUAGAAUCAGGGGGUAUUUCCCAUCUUGUUGAGGGGAAUCCCAGCGUUGAUAAUUUCUACGUAGAUCAGAUGAAAUCUACAAUAGAACAGUUAGAUGAAGACGAUGCAAGUAUGACAGAAUGUUGUGAGGAAAGUAUUCAGUCUAACGAAGUCAGUCCAACUCUUGCCAGUUUAGAUCAGUUUCUACCUCGUACUAGAACUAAGGAUGACUCUCCACAAAAACUCCCUUCUUCUCCUAAAACAGGUACACCUGUCAAGUCCAAAUUUAGUCCACAUUUUGACAGGCAAUCCACAACAAGUGAUGAUAGAGGAUCUGAUAAUUCCUAUCCUAAUAUCUCACGUCAAGGGAGCAAACUCUCAUAUGGUUCCAAUGAUUCAACAGGAAGUAGUAACAGUGCUAGUCAACAAAAACAUGGUAAAUUGGGUCGUUUUUCAUCAAUGGUAGAUGGUAUUAAUAAAAGUCUGUCAGUUCUUCACCUGGAUGGAGACGUUAGUGCAGACAGCAAGGAAAAUAGAUUAAGUCGUGGAAAACUCAACGUAUUGUUCAACUAUAUUGAAUUAGAUCGGAGCGAGGGUAUCUUAAUUACACCAACCACUCAACAAUUGGCUGUUAAACAAAAUAUGAUGAUGUCACAGCUGCUGAACUCAAUGUAUCACUGUUGUUCGAAGAUACGCCAGUCUUUUAGACACAAUCAAUCUUCUACCUGCAGUUCGUCACAUAUUUCAAAGAAUAAACAUAGUAAACAGCAAGCUAAAUUUGAAAAUGGCGAUGUUAUUAAUGACGUGCAAGAAAUGGGUGUUUUAUUUCAAAUUCCAAAUUCAGCUGGUUCACCGGAGUCCAGUAACAAAAAACACCAUCACCACACAUCUCAGCCUCUUUCUUACUGGGUUGUAGGGCGUAGAAUACGGAGUGAAGACUCAGAGAAAGAAUUAUAUGUUUGUUUUCAUGAAUCAGUUUCACAGUCUACAAUUGAAAUGGCUUUUAGACUGGGUUUUGGCUCCUGA